AUGGGGACCUGUUAUAACCAGGGUUUGCUGCUCCUCUUUCUCCUAGGAGCUCCGACCUUGACCCGUAUGUACUGGGGCAUACAAAAUUUGAAAUGUCAAAAGGCUACAUUCAAGGGUAUAGAAGAGGAUCCAAGAGACACCUUUAACUGGACCACAGAGAAAGUUGAGACUUGUGACAAUGGGGCAUUGUGCCAGGAAACCGUGCUAAUGAUUAAAUCAGGGAUCAACACGGUAAUUUUGGCCACUAAGGGCUGCAGCUCGGAGGGUACACCAGAAAUACUGUUUGUCCAGCACGCUCCACCCCCUGGCAUAUUCGUGGUCUCCUACAGUAACUACUGUGAGGAGCCCCUUUGCAACAACAGAAAGGACUUAUAUGAGAUAUGGAGUCCAGAAGAGACCCCAGCUUCCAGCGAGUCAGCAACCCUCUUCUGCCCAACCUGUGUGGCUUUGGGGACCUGUUUGAAUGCUCCUUCUCUUCCCUGUCCCAAUGGUACAAAUCGAUGCUAUCAAGGAAAACUUCAGGUCACUGGAGGAGGCCUCAACACACCUUUGGAGAUCAAAGGCUGUACAUCCAUAAUUGGUUGCAGGCUGAUGUCUGGGGUCUAUACAGUAGGCCCCAUGUGGCUGAAGGAAGUAUGUCCGUUCAAGACUCUCACUCCCCGAAAGGUUGAAAAUGCAGCCAUGUGGCCUCCCACUUCACCUUGGAGGUUAGAGCUGCUGCUGCUGCUGCUGCUGCUGCUGCUGCUGCUGCUGCUUGUCUGUUGA